GAUCAGCAAGACCCCCAAAAACCAACAAAAGCCAAUAUAAUUGACUGGCAACUGGCGGAAAGGGGAUCACCAGUUUUGGACUUGGCGUAUUUCCUCUUCACUUGUGGCUCUACGGAAGUUAUCAUAAAUUACCCAACGCAUCUAAAAACAUAUCACGAUGCUCUUACCGAAAGUUUAACUAAACUGUCUUGCAACGUUGGCGAUCUAUAUCCAUUCGAGUUAUUAGUAGUUCAGUGGCACAAGUACUCAAAAUUUGGACUUUUUAUGGCCCUGAUUAUGAUAAAAUUUAUGUUGAGUGAGAAAGACGAAGUACCCGAUAUCAGCCAAAUGGCUAAAUCUGGAAUGUCGUUCGUGGACAGACUAAAUUUUGUAUCCAUUCACGAUGAUGCUUACAACAAAAGGAUUUCAGAAAUAAUAACUGUUCUUGCACGAAGUUCUCUGAUUUAA